CACAUCUCCCAUGAUCCCCUGCGCGUAGCAGGAAAUAGGACAAGAGCAGCGCGCUAAGCUUAACGAGGGGAAUCGGCGAAGGUGGAAUCGAGGCGACUGGACUGUUGUCGUUUGUUAAAGACGUUCGGGAACGUCCUGCGAAGCUUAAAAUGAGAAGUAUGAACCCCUUUUGGUUUUGUAGUUAUAAAAAAAAACACUUAUUUGCUGACCGACAAGAGGUGGAAUGUAAGAAGCCGGCGAGGCCAAACACCAAUUCGUCCGACAUUUCAAGCUGAUUUUCGUCUUCGAUGGGGAGCUAAAAGCAGAAUCAUUUCAGAUGAACGGGUGGCGGAAAUCAUCUUCGCACACCGGUAGGUGGCAGUGAAGCGAUGAAAUGAGGGUUUUGCACCACAGGAAGAGGAAGAAGAAACGCCGCAAACCAAAAACAUGGCGGCCUCGACGGAACACGCCGCUUUGCCUUCAGCGAGUUCGGAUUCGGACGACGGAGACGAGGCGGCCGGGCCGAGGAUCCCGGACACCCCGCGGGACAUCCGGCUGGAGGCGGUCGCCAACACGGUGGCCGCCCACCCGAGCCGAGACGUGCUGGUUUGCGGGGACGUGGACGGGGACGUGUACGCCUUCGCCUAUUCGCGCGCGGAGGGCGAGAACCGCGAGCUCUGGUCUUCCGGGCACCACCUGAAGUCGUGCCGCCAGGUGCGCUUCUCCGAGGACGGCCUGAAGCUCUUCAGCGUGUCCAGGGACAAGGCCGUCCACAUGCUGGACGCGGAGCGGGGGCGCCUGGUGACGAGGAUCCGCGGAGCGCACCGGGCUCCCAUCAAUAGUCUGCUGCUGGUGGACGAGAACAUUGUGGCCACCGGAGACGACGGCGGCACGCUGAAGGUGUGGGACAUGAGGAAAGGUUCGGCCGUCAUGGACGCGAAGCACCACGAGGACUACAUAAGCGACAUCGCCGUGGACGACGCCAAGAGGAUCCUGCUGACCGCCAGCGGCGACGGCACCAUGGGCGUCUUCAACAUCAAGAGGCGGCGCUUCGACUUGCUGUCCGAGUACCAGAGCGGCGACCUGACGUCGGUGGCGCUGAUGAAGCGGGGCAAGAAGGUGGUCUGCGGCUCCAGCGAAGGCACCGUCUACAUCUUCAACUGGGACGGCUUCGGCGCCACCAGCGAUCGUUUCGCCCUACGGGCCGAGUCGGUGGACUGCGUCGUCCCCGUCGGCGACGACAUAAUAUGCGCCGCGUCUAUGGACGGCUAUAUCCGAGCCGUCAACAUCCUCCCCAACCGCGUCAUCGGCUGCGUCGGGCAGCACGUCGGCGAACCCGUCGAGGAGCUCGCCAAAAGCUGGGACUCGCGCUUCCUGCUCAGCUGUGGCCACGACCAGCUCGUCAAGUUCUGGGACAUCUCCGCGCUGGCCGCGACCGUCGUCGACGAGUACCGCAAGAGGAAGAAGAAGGACGGACGCAUGAAAUCGCUUUCCAAGAAAGCUUUCGGGGAAAGCAGCUUUUUCUCUGGACUUGUUGAGGAGCCGCAGAAAAAGGAGGAGAAAGAAGAAGAAGUGGAUGACAGCGACAGCGAUUAGAAGUGGAUUUUACGUCCUCGUUCUCGGCGCGGCGGACGAGCGGCGAGCACGUGUGCCGCACAGUCGUGAGGUUCGGGGUCGAACUCUUGACUCCCGCAUGGAGUUUGCAUGUUUUCUCUGUGCUUGUGCGGGUUUUGUGGAGAAACCCGAAUCAAAGACUUUGGAUCAGGUCCUUAUUUUAAUGAUUUUUUGACUCCCGUGGCGUAAAGUAACAAAGUAGAAGUUACCUCCGUUUUUCAGGUAACUGUCCUUGAGGAUUUAUUUUUCUCCCUCCAUUGGAAAACGGAUAUCUGCGCUUUCCACUUCACAGGUUUGAAACCGAAGGCCCGGGGGCCAGAUCCGGCCGGCCGCACGAUUUGAUGUGUCCCGCGAAAGGAAAUGACGUGCGUCAUCUUCCAUGAUUGUUGCGAAAACGUGUUGUAAAUUUGUGUAUAUUCCUACGUAAUAAAGAGUAGUGAACUAUUGUAA